AAGGGGUUGACAUGUAUGAACGUUAAGUCCGGGGUCGGGCUGGUCAGAGCCAAGCUGCAGGUGGACAUGUUCGCUGCACCUCACUUUAAAAACAGUCAGCUGAUCGGUCCCGCCUGUAUAAUGUCAGCUCUGGUGCUGUGCAUGGAUGUUGGCUUCUCCAUGUCCAACUCGGCUCCAGGUGAAGAAUCUCCCUUUGAUUCUGCCAAAAAAGUCACCCAGAAGUUUGUCCAGCGCCAGGUUUUUGCAGAAACUAAAGAUGAACUGGCUCUAGUCCUGUUUGGCACAGAUUCUACCAAAAACCCUCUGGACCAAGAUGGCCAGUACCAGCACAUCACAGUGCAUCGUAACCUCGCGGUGCCAGACUUCAUGCUGUUGGAGGAGAUUGAACAUCAGAUCCAUCCAGAGAACCAGCAGGCAGACUGGCUGGAUGCUCUUGUCGUCUGCAUGGAUCUUCUUCAAACACACACUCAAGGGAAGAAGAACCAUCGCCAGAGCAUCGUCCUGCUGUCGGACCUGAACACCGAGGCCAGUUCUGACAACCUGAACGUUAUUGUUGAAAACCUGAAACGAAACGAAAUCACCCUGCAGUUCUUUUUGCCUUUCCCUGUUGAGGAUGAUGACACAGGUCUAGGUGGUGGAGAUGAAAGAGGCCCAGGUGACCGUGGUGCAGGUAAAGGUCUGUCCAGGGAACAGAAGAGUGGCCUGGAGAUGGUAAAGCACAUCAUGAUAAGCCUGGAUGAGGAGGACGGGCUGGAUGAAAUUUACACCUUCAGGAAUGCGAUCGAGCAGCUGUGCAUGUUUAAACGCAUCGAGAGGCGACCCAUGGGCUGGCCCUGUCAGCUGACCAUUGGUAGCUCUUUGUCCAUCCGUAUCAUCGGCUAUAAAGCUGUGACCGAGGAGCGACUGAAGAAAAUGUGGAUGACAGUCGACGCUCAAACCAACCAGAGAGACGACGUGAAGAGGGAGACGGUCUACUGCCUGGACGACGACAACGAGACAGAGGUGCAGAAGGACGACAUUAUUCAAGGUUUUCGGUAUGGAAGCGACAUUGUUCCCUUCUCCAAAUUUGAUCAAGAGCAGAUGAAAUACAAGCACGAUGGGAAGUGCUUUGCAGUGCUGGGUUUCACCAAACAGAACACGAUACUUCGCCAUCAGUUCAUGGGUACGGGUGUUGUCAAGGUAUUUCCUGCUCGUGAUGACGAGCAUGCAGGAGUGGCGCUGUCGGCUCUUAUCCGUGCCUUGGAUGAACUCCAAAUGGCGGCCAUUGUACGAUACGCCUACGACCGCCGCAGCAACCCUCAAGUGGGCGCCGCUUUCCCGCUCAUCAAGCCGAGCUACGAGUGCCUGCUGUACGUCCAGCUGCCCUUCAUGGAAGACCUCCGACAUUUUCAGUACCCUUCGCUUGACAACAAAAAGAUCGCUCCAUCAGAGUCGCAGCUAUCAGCCGUCGACCARCUCAUCGACUCCAUGAUGCUGGUAGGACAAGAUGAAGAUCACGAGCUGAGGGACCUGUUCAAGCCCCACCAUCUUCCCAACCCUGCCUUCCAGAGGCACUUCCAGUGUCUGCACCACCGGGCGGUACACCCGGGUUCUUCUCUUCCCACCAUGGAGCCGUGGCUGGAGGCUGCGCUCGAUCGCCCCGAGAUCAUCAAGGAGCGCUGCCAAGCUCCGCUGGAGGCUUUAAAGAAGCUGUUUCCACUCACCCAAGUGGAGAAGAAAAAACCGCUGAAGACGAGCGCUCAGAUUUUUGGCAAAGACUCCGAGGAGCCAGAUGCCAAAAAAGUGAAGGAAGCGGAAGCAGAGGAGGAGUAUAACCUGGCAGACAUCACUGAAGGUUCUGUUUCUUUUGUGGGAAGUGUUGAUCCAGCCCGAGACUUCCUCGCUCUCAUCAAGCAGAAGAGUCUUCCCUUUGGGGAGGUCUGUCAGCAACUGACUCACCGGAUGGAGCAGUUGCUUAGCAACAAGAACACGCACUACUACAUGAAGAGCAUCACCUGUAUCCAGGCCUUCAGAGAGCAGUCUGUGAAGCUGGGGAAUGCUGAUCUGUUCAACAGCUACCUCCAGUCCAUGAAAAGGAGCAUUCCCAGCAGAGGCCUGGAGGUCUUCUGGGACCUGCUUGUUCAAGACGCUGUAACUCUGAUCAGCAAGGCUGAGGUUGAAGCGAGCACGGUUUCCAAAGACGAAGCUAAUCAGUUUCUUAUGGCUGAGGAAAAGAAGGAGGAGGCAGCUGAAGUCCCAGCUGAAGACACAGGAGAUGUUGAUGACUUGCUGGAUAUGAUGUAAGAGAGGCGGGAAGAUUCGGCAGAAAUCUGAGGAAUGCGUUCUUUGAACCCACUCAGACCAGAUCAGUUCAACCGUCCAUUGUUCAGCUUUUCUCACUGGGAAUCUUAUGUUUGUCUCUGUUAAUGAAUAACUCCAAACAUACAACACAGAGUGGCCUUUUAAUAUUAAUAAUUUGAACAUACUCUGUAAAAUACCUAACAAAACAAACAGUUCAUAAUACUUCAGGGUGACGAGCUUCAAACAUUAAUCUUACUGUCAAUGUUUUUGUAAUUUCCUUUUAUUUGUAGCAUUUUUUAUAUGGGAAAUUAAAAUGAAGUUUUCUGUGCAUUGUAUUAAACUGAAAGCAGCAUCCAGGCUUAUUAUGCUAAAUCAGAUAAUUUGUGACCAAGUAUAUAAAACGUAAUAAAAUUAGGAUGCAUUUA